GACGAGAUAUUUUUAUAUCCUUAAAGCGGCACGACUCUGGUAUUGCAUUUGCAGGGAUCACCAGCAAACGCCCCGUCGGCCAUGGACCUGGACUGGGGUGCCAUCCUGGGCGAGUCGCCCAUCAGCGGCGCUGGCUACGAGCCGUACCCAUCGCUCGAGCCGUCGCCGCAGCUGCCGCCCAUCCAGACCAAGUUCUGGUGGCAGGACGGCUACGUCAGCGACGGCGACGGCUUCGACAUGGUGUCCGACAACGGCUCGUUCGUCAGCCGGACCCCGGCGCACAAGGCUGGCCGUGGCCGAGGGCGCGGCCAGAAACAGACGGCACACGAUAAGCCGGCGGCGAAGAAGCGCAAGCCGGCACCGAAGCCGGCACCGCUGGACGAGGACACACCGACGGAUGGUGAUGACUUGUUUUUCCGCCCAGCGGUAAAGAAGCGCAAGCCAGCGCCGAAGGAGGUAAACACAGCGACGGACGGUGGUGACGAUCUGUUUGUCCGACCGGCCGUCCAGAGGCCGCUGCUGACGACGGCCGGCGGCAGGCAGCGCAAGCCGACGGCCAAGGCGGCGGCGCCGGCUGACGACAAGCCGGCGGCGAAGAAGCGCAAGCCAACGCCGAAGGACGUGAACGCAGCGACGGACGGCGAUGACGACGUGUUUGUGCGGCCGCAUGGCCCGCGCCGCAGCCGCCGCCCGCGCGCCGCCGCCCCCGUCCGCUACUGCUUCGACUCCACGCUGGGGUUCACCACCGGCGACGAGUCGGAGCUGGAGCCGACGGACUCUGAGCACGUGUUCCUGAAACCCGCGGCUCCGGCACCGAAGCGCGCCAGGGGCCGGAAGCGCGCGGUGAAGGUGGCGGCGGCGCCAGCGCCGCAGGACCUCAACAGCAGCGUGCUGACACGCUCCGCUCGCAAGCUGGCCGGCGCCCCGCCGUUGCUGGCGAUGGAUAUGAACAGCAGCAUGGCACGCGCCACGGCUAGAAGCUCGUAG